GCUGCAUUUACUGGCAGCGCAGAGACGUCAACAGAGAGUGUGGGAGGUACACUUCUGCCACACUGUCUGAAAAAUUAUUGGAAAUAUGCCGAGGAACACACCAGGAGAAACAAGUGACACUUGUAUUUUCUGUUUAAUAGCCACCGGUCAAGACAAAGAAGCGAAUGUCCUUAAAAAGAACAAGGAGCUGGUGUGUUUCACAGAUAUUUACCCUGCUGCUCCUCACCAUUACCUGGUUGUACCCAUGCAGCACAUCACCAGCUGUCACUCCCUGCACAGGGGACACAACGGCCUCGUUAAACGUAUGGCUAAGAUGGGGAAAGCAGUGCUACGAGAUCGAGGGAUCACAGAUCCGAAGGACAUGAGGAUAGGGUUUCACCAACCUCCCUACACGUCAGUCGAUCACCUCCACCUCCACGUGCUCGCACCCAUCAGCCAAAUCUCAAAGUUAGAGGAGUAUAAAUUCAUCCCAGGAACCUACAAUUUUUUGACUGUGGAGUUUCUAAGAAAGUGUCUAAAAGAUAAAGCUCCACCAAGCUCCAAUGGUCCAGGAUGUUGAAUCUUUGAACCCGACUGAGCCACGUGGAGAUGGUGAAUAAAGUACUGAAGCCAAUAGACUCAUGAAUGUGUCAUUGAGACGUCGCUUUUGAGAAAUAAGCACAACCUACAUUCAGGGAAAAUGUAAUGUAGUGUUGUGUUCAAGACGUGCACGGAAUUUAGAGUGAACACAUAUUUAAACAAUGUGGAUGAAUAUGUUGGAUCUUGUGUGUAUGAAUGCUUUGCUGGACAAAGUACGAAAUGAAUUAUAUGUUUAUGGUUAGCAAUGUAA